UGAAUGGUAACCACUGUGGCAACCUUGUGAACCAACAGUCUCUCCACAGCGCUUCGCGUCGGGGUGUUCUUUUUUUCGCCGAUAACAGAAAUGUUCUGACUUCCGGCUACCUGGCCUCAUCAGAGAAGGUCAYCAUUUGCAUAUUAAUUAACUUCAAGAUGAGAUGUUAAUACAACAACUCGUGGUGGAUUGUUAGGCAGCAUCCGAUUACUGAAUUGCAUUUGUUGCUGCAGCUGUAUGCGUCGGGAGCCAACGUGCCAGAGGUGACUGCAUCCACCGCAGCUUUUAUAGACCAAGGGGACUGAUGACAAUAACAAUCUCMGAUAGUAUUUCAUUGUGACCGUGCGCUCUUCUCCAAUCCAUACAGGUUAUCUACCUUGAGAAAUGCGUGCUUGCAGAAUGCAAUAGCAGAAGAUGGAACAACAGAUAUUUUUUUUCAUAGAGAUCUAAGAAAGAUAUAGCCCGUAUGUAUGCUUAGCAUAAAGCAGGUGCCUCUUAUUUGACUUCUCAUUCACCAGUGCGUAAAAUGGGUAACAGUUUUUCUAACAUAGCUGCUUUUCAGUCCCUGCAUAUUGUCUUGCUGGGUUUAGAUUCCGCCGGUAAAACGACUGUCCUGUACCGCCUGAAAUUCAACGAAUUUGUGAACACUGUUCCCACAAUCGGAUUUAACACCGAGAGGAUCAAACUAAGUAACGGUACCGCCAAAGGGAUCAGUUGUCAUUUUUGGGACGUCGGGGGACAGGAGAAACUAAGACCGUUAUGGAAAUCGUACAGUCGGUGCACGGAUGGCAUUAUUUACGUAGUGGACUCAGUGGACGUGGACAGACUAGAGGAAGCCAAAACAGAACUGCAUAAAGUUACCAAAUUCGCAGAAAACCAAGGGACUCCACUACUGGUGAUAGCCAAUAAGCAGGACUUGCCCAAGUCUCUGCCUGUCCAUGAGAUUGAGAAGCAACUGGCACUGCAUGAGCUCAGCCCUUCUACCACUUACCAUGUCCAGCCUGCAUGUGCCAUCAUCGGUGAAGGGCUCCAUGAAGGCAUGGAUCAACUGUAUGAAAUGAUUGUGAAACGAAGGAYAUCAUUGAAACAAAAGAAAAAGAGAUAAAGACUCAUUACUGUAAAGUUGACCCCUAUCUUCUGAGCUGUCUGCUACUGUACCAUGACUUUUGCUGUAGUAGGUAUGUCAGGUGAUUUUUGUUAUGCAGACUGUUACACUUGCAGUGUUUUUUUUAAUGAUACACUGUAUAGCUUUGGGGUUAUUGGUGAAGUUAGUCACUUUUAGCUGUGCUGUUACAUUCAGUAACACAUAGGGAGGAAAAUAAAAACUUGCCUCUGCUAUCAGAAAUGUCCAUGACAGGCUGGUACCUGUUUGUUGCUGCUUCACAGUAUUUUCUUGUCAAUAGUUUUUUCCCCUGGAGAGUYAAUGCCCUACACAGCACUUUUUGACAGACUGGAGUAGCCCARAUUAUUUCCAGAUUGGAAUGAACGUCAUUAAUCAAUAUCAAUGUGCUUAUAAUGUACUUAUAAUUUUUCCACUUUGCAUGCUCUGUUUAUGUUACUAACARAUUUUGAGAGAGACCGUCCAUUUCGUUCUAAUAUUUCCCCUARUCCUUUGAUAACUGGGCAAACAGUGCUGUUUUAUAGUAGAAUACAAUAGCCUAUAUUGAGUUUAAUGUGUCUUUCAAAUAAAAAAGGCUAUUCCUAU